AGCCACCCGCUUUGCUGCCACCGCUCUCGGGGUCCCGCAGCCCGCGCCCCGCAGGGCGGACCCCGCCCGGUGCCGCCGCCACCUGCACCGCAUCCCCUCCCGGCGCUGCCCUGCGGCUGCGGGGCCGAACUCGGGGCCGGGCUCCGGAACGGUGUGGGUAACGGAGUUCGGUCGGAGGAGCGAGGCCGGAGCCGGGGGGCGAUGGGUUCCGCCCGUUGGCACGCCGGGGACGCGCCGAGGACACGAGGGAGAACGGGGUUAUUGGGAAUACGGAGCGAUGCGGCGGUGCAGGGCGGUUGGAUGUGGGGAGAGGACGCGGAUGGGGGCACCGAGAGCCCGGUGUCCCCGUCCGUCCCACAGCUGUCCCCGUCUUGCCCCGUCCCAUCGUGCCGCUGUGCAGGGCUGGGGGCUCCGGGGGAAUCACAGCCUUGACGCCGUGAGCCGCCAGCCCUGCACUCGUCCCAGCCCUGCAGCCCAGGUGAGGUCCCUUCUCUGGGCUCUGCACGGUGCACCCGCUCGGUGGGGCUCAUGUGGGGCACCAGGAGCCCCAGAGCUGCUUUUGCAGCAAGGUGACAGCCCCACUGCCCUCCUGGGGUGUAAAGGAAUCCGCUGGGUAGAAGAGUUUUGGGAGGGCGGUGAAACCAAUGGUGAAGGAAUCACAAAGCCCUGGUGCCGGUGGUGGGGCUGGGAGAAAGCAGGAGGAGCCGGAGGUUGGGAGAGUGCAGGUCCUGCUGGAGACAAGGGCAGGGAACGCAGCACAAGAGCCUCAGAGGAGCAGCGUGGAGUCACCGGGGCUGGAGGAACGCAUGGUGGGACGGGACAGGGCAGGAGAUGGCUCCUUAUGCAGGGGAUGCUGCUGCUGGGACGGCUGUGCUGGGACAAAGGCCUCUCCCGUGAGCCGGGAUCCCGCACUCUCCUGCUCCAUCAGCUCAUCUGGAGCUGAUCCUGGUUUCAGGGCUGCUGCUGGGCAUGGAGCCGGAAUGGGAAACUCCAGAUCCCUGGGAACAGGGUGACAUUGCUCAGGGAAGUGUCACACAGCAGGAAGCCACUGUGGCUUCGUGGAGAUCUGGGCAGUGUGGUGUGAGGCUGAAGGCCAGCGGCAAGCCAGCGCUUCCCAAUGCUUUCCAAAAUGCUGCAGGCCACUGCUGUGCAGGGUCAGGAGCCCUACCAUGGAGAACAAGGGGACAAGGCACCACGGCCCACCUAUCAUCUAGCUGUGGGUUGUUCCUUGUUCCUCCUGGCUUGUGGGACGUGGGGCAGCUCCCAAGGUGCCAUCUCCCUGCACACAUUUGCUGCUGUAGCACUGCUUGUGCCAGUGUUCCCGUGUCACUUGGCUCUCCCCAGCUGCUGCCCUUGGCCAGCAUCUGGUCCAGGUGAAGGGCACAGCCGUGUGGCACAGGGUCUGCGAGUCCUGCACGACAGCACAGAGAAAAUGAGGGACCGGAGUGAGGACAUCAGCUGGGCCCUGUUUUUUUCCCCUGCUCUGGUCACCUUCUGGCUUCGCCCCGUGGCUCUCACCCUGCUACACCACCGAGCCCAGCACACGCACCCCAAGCAUCCCCACGCCGCCAUCGGCCUCAUUAGGCAGAGGUGCCCUUGUGACGUCCCUGGACUCCAGCAAUGCCCCGGUGCCCCAGGGAAGGCAGCUAAUAAUGCAGCUCUGCUGCGCUGCUCCCCACGGCACCGAGGAGCCGCGAGGCGCUGCGAUGUUCCCGUAAUGGGGUCACACGAGAGCGGAGCCGGGAGGCGGCAGAGCUGCCGAUGGAGCGGGGCACGGAGAGCCUGCGGCUCGGCCUCGGCUGCAGCCAGCCGCGGUUUGAGCAUCGCCAGGGCGGCGCGGGACGCGGGGACGUCGCCAGGUGGGACGGUUGCAGCGGGGCUGCGCCGGGCACAGGUGAGAUCUGCUUCUGUCCCUUCGCUUCCGCGUGAGCGCAGAGCUGCGGGGUGAGGAUCCAGAUGUGCGGUGGGAAUUGUCCCCCAGCCCUCCCAGACGCGUCCUGCCGAGCGACGUCUCCGGCAAAGUCACCGUGCGGAGCGCUGGGCUGGCCGCCAGCUCUUCUGCAGCAUCCUUCCCCGCAGGCCGGGCUCCAGGAGGCGCCGCACCGGCCGCAGGCUCCUCGUGGGAUGCGGGGUGGCAGGAGGGGACCCCGUCCUACCCCAGCUGCCGGAUGCUCCCCGUGUCACCGCGCCUUGCCGGGCAGCGAGAGCUGCUGCUGACGCUCGGUGCUGGAGGGCCCCGUUCCGUGCUCGGCGCAGAGGCAGAACCGGGACGCCCGGGGCUGGUCGUGGCCCCGCACAUUGUGCGGCCGCAGGAAGUCGCUUCCUUGCUUUGUGCCUCAGUUUCCUCCGCCGGGGCGUGGGGGCUCCUGCUCGCUGCCGCGUGUUUCUCAUUCCUCGCUCCGUGUCCCGCAGAGCCCCGGCCCCGCUCGGCGUGCUCCUUCCCUCCUUUUCCCAAAGCCCCACCGCCGCGCUCCGCUCCUCCUCUUAAAGGUUUUCCUAUCCCAGAGUAGCCGGGGCGUUAUUUUCUCCUUCCCAUCUCAAUUCCCAAGCGGCCACCGCUCCCCUGCAGCCUCCUCUCCCGGCCCCGUUCUCCUCAAUGAGCUCCCGGUCGUUGGCAGAGCCGAUGCACCCAGAGGCUGAGCGGCACCGGGUGGCACCGGGGAUGGUGGGGGCCGGAGAGCUCCGGGGAGCACGGAGCCAGCCGGCGCCGGGAGAGGAGCGCCUGCCUAUAAAUACACGGCACGGAGCGAGGAAGCGGUGGGUGGAUUAUCCUCCUCGCUCAAUGAGAUAAAUGGUUCUCGAGCUUAAACACAGAGCAAUUUUAGUCUGAAUAGUAGGAGAAAUGGUUCAGGACACGCAGAUGACGGCGUGAGCCGCCCGCAGCGCACGGUGGGGACCCGUGGCACCGGCGGUGGCUUUGCUGUGCCUUUGGCAUCGCCGUGGCUUCGUGUCACAACAGUGCUGCUCACCACAGUGCUGUGCUGCAUCCCCGCCAGCACCCACAGCACCCAGGACUCGGUCCCACCACCCUCAUCUCUGUGUAGAGCCGGAUGGAAGCUCAUCCUCACCCCUGUUUGCACAGAAACCGACGUCUUUUCAAAGCAUUUCCUUCUUAAUGAAAACUUCUGCCUGUCCUUUUUUAUUCCUUUUGCCUGGGUGUUGUUGGUGUCCCAGCCAUCGUCACUGUUGGGUGUUCCAUGGCAUGGCGCCACGUUCCCAUCCCAACCUCCUUUUGGGGGAACUGUGGCCAAACUGGGAGCGAUGCGAGCAGCACCCACAUCCCUGGGGACACCCCGUCCUUGGGGUCACCCAUCCUUGGGGACACUCUUGUUCCCAGGCACCCAUUUCCAAUGCCCCUUUCUGCUGCAGGUGUUUCUGCAGCACGAACCCUGAGGCACCCAGGCCCAGGGCAGCAGCCCGUGGCGUGGUGAGCUGCUGUGCAGCACACACUCUCCCAUCUCCCAUCCCACUGGCAGAUUGUCCUCUUUUUUUUUUCUUAAAGAACUUUGCUGGCUUGAAUGAUUGUCUUUCAUCACAGGUUAAUUAGCAGCCAUUGACAAGCAGGAUUGUAAAUUCAAGUGCAGACAAAGUUCUUCUUGCAGGAUGUUGCGAGCUGUUUUUAGCCCCGUAUCCAUUGCACUCCUGCAUUAACCCACCUCCACCUCCAGGAACCAGACACCGAAAUGCUGCUCCUCUUCCACGGGGCCAACAAAGCUCUGUGGAGAUGAGCCACUUUGGAGAUCGUAUGAGUCAAGCCGUUACAUUUUUGGAACAGCAUGAUGUUGAAGUUCCUUUUCUAUUUUUUGCCCAGCUUCCCAAGAAAGAAAGAAAGGAAAAAAUAAAGAACUGGGAUGAGAAGCAGCAGGGCCAGAGUGGAAAGAAACAAGGGUGGGGAUGGGGCUCAGCUUGGAUGGGAGAGCCGGUCACUGCGCAGGAGGCGUUUGUGCGUGAAGCCAUGAGCGCCGGAUCGAUAGAGCAGGAGCCGUCGCGCAAGCUGGCGUGCUGCGGGGUGCCGCUCAUCACCGAAGACAUGCAGUCCUUGGCCAUCCGCACCCUCUCGGGCACCGACAUCAACAAACACUACGACCUCAUCCGCGAGCUCGGCAAGGGCACCUACGGCAAGGUGGACCUGGUGUCCCACAAAAGCACAGGCACCAAGAUGGCCCUGAAGUUCGUCAACAAGAACAAAACGAAGCUGAAGAACUUCCUGCGGGAGUUCAGCAUCACCAACACGCUCUCCUCCAGCCCCUUCAUCAUCAAGGUCUUCGACGUGGUCUUCGAGACAGAGGACUGCUACGUCUUCGCUCAGGAGUACGCCCCAGGAGGGGACCUCUUUGACAUCAUCCCCCCGCAGGUGGGGCUCCCCGAGGACAUGGUGAAGCGUUGCGUGCAGCAGCUGGGCCUGGCGCUGGACUACAUGCACAGCAAGAGCCUGGUGCACCGGGACAUCAAACCAGAGAACGUGCUGCUCUUCGACCGCGACUGCCGCCGCGUCAAACUGGCCGACUUCGGCAUGACCCGCAAGGUGGGCUGUCGGGUGAAGCGCAUCAGCGGCACCAUCCCCUACACGGCGCCCGAGGUGUGCCAGGCCGGCCGCGCCGAGGGCUUCGCCGUGGACACCAGCAUCGACGUCUGGGCCUUCGGGGUGCUCAUCUUCUGCGUCCUCACCGGGAACUUCCCCUGGGAGGCGGCGGCCGCCUCCGACACCUUCUUUGAGGAGUUCGUGCGGUGGCAGAAGGGCCGCCUGGCGGGGCUGCCCUCGCAGUGGCGGCGCUUCACGGACAGCGCGCUGCGCAUGUUCCAACGCCUGCUGGCCCUCGACCCUGAGAAGCGCUGCCCCGUCAAGGAGGUCUUCUACUUCAUCAAGUACGACCUGAUGGCCGAGGUGCGCCGCCGGCCCUCCUACCGCUCCCGCAAACACGCCGGGGACAAGCUGCCCGCCGGGCCGCACCGCCACGAGCCUGGUGCCUCCUGUACGCCCGCCCCGCUCAAGAGGACCAUCCUGACCGACGGCCCCGGCACGCGGCUCAACGGCCCCGAGCCCAGCGCGGCCUCGUCCGGCCCGGCCAGCAGGACAGAUGGACGGCAGGACAAGGGCAAGGGGCAGAUGGUGCUGGCCACAGCGAUAGAGAUCUGUGUCUGAGGGCGCGGGGUGGUGCGUGGCCCCGCUCCCGGUGGCACCGUCCCAUCCCUUGGCUGCGGGUGGCUGCAGGGCCGGGGGCUGCGCCUCCAUACACAGAAACAAGAAGAGGACAGAACUGGUUGCGCUCAGUAGCACUGAAGAUGCCGGUGCCGCCAUCUGCCCAGCGGGCAGGAGCUGGGGGGCACCGGUGCUGCCGUCCCCAUCCCGGUGGCCUCGCUGCCCCUCCGGGACCCCCCCACGGUGCUGUGGGGGAAGGUCCUCCUUGACAAUGCGACGGGGCUGUGUGGGGACCCUGGGAAGGCCGAUGAGCCCACGCUUGGAGGAGGCCUUCGGGGUGGCCCCCGCCCCACGCCGGGCACCAGGAGGGGACGAGGGGACCGGGAUGGAGGGGACCCCCCCGGCCGCUCCCUGCCACGAUGUAGCAAGUGUCACUGCGUGCCGCCCCAUCCUCCCUGCCCGAAGCGAUGGCCGCAGCGAUGCUCUCUGACAGGGGGGGACAGCCAGCUGGGAGCCACGGGGUCACCCUGAGGACCCCCACGCCGCUGUCCCCUCCGGCCCCCAACUACCGCACAAAGGGCUAUCAUCACGCUCCCGAAGCAGCAGCAGUUUACACAGCAGUCGCCAGGCAGGUGGGGUCCCACCGCCCCUGCGCCCCCACCACCGGCGCCGCUGCCCCGUCCCCACGUCCCCACGCCCCUGUGUCCCCAUAUCCCCAUAUCCCCAUGUCCCCGUAUCCCUGUAUUCCUGUGUCCCCGUGUCCCUGUGUCCCCCCGCCCGCAGGGCCCAGGUCUGGUGGUAGAAGUAGCACUGCACAGAUGUAGAGAUGUUAGGUGCGGUUCGUCCUCCUUUUUGCCUUAGGUCCCUCCACGUCCCGAUCUUUCGUGCAAUAAUGUAGAUAAGGAGCCCCGGUGCCGAUGGCCGCGGUGCCGCUCGGUUUCGGGUUUUUAUUUCGGGUUCCCCCGGCCGCCGGGCGCCGGAUCUUCUUCCCGUAGGAGAGGCUGUAGUGUCACAGACGUUACCUCAGUUUGUCACUGUCAAAA